AUGGCUGAGCCAGCCGUCACCAAGUCCCAACCUACGUAUGAUGUCCGAGAAAAGGAAAAAUACACGGCAGGCCACCACCCGCCCGCGACCGUCCUUGUAUCAAUAGCCGACUUGCCACCGACCGAGGCUAGCGACGGGGAGCUUUUCGAGCCCUCCAGCUCCCAGAAGAAGAAGCCACUGUCGUUUUACAUGACAUUCUUGGCACUCACCAUCUGCGUGCUGCUCGUCUCGCUCGACUCCACCGCGCUGUCGGUGGCGGUGCCGGCGAGCCUCUGCUUCCUGCUCGCUUUCGUGGCCGUGAUGCCCAUCACAACCUCGCUGUCAAACGUUUUGGGCCGCAAAAUCCCACUCUACGUCUCCUUCUUCGUCUUCAUGGCCGGGUCCGUCGCCUUCGCCCUGGCCGGUGACAUGCCCACCCUGAUCGUCGGCCGCACCCUCCAGGGCCUGGGCGGCGGCGGGCUCGACGUGCUGAGCGAGGCCGUCCUGGCCGACAUCACCAGCCUCAAGGAGCGCGCGCUGUACUUUGGCCUCUUCUCCAUCCCCAUGGCCGGCGGCGCCAUCUGCGGCCCCAUCGUCGGCGGCGCCCUGGCCGACACCCUCUUCUCGCUGCCGCUGUCCUGGGCCGGCGCUCUCUACCCUUGGUCGUCGUACCAGACGCUGGUACCCCUAAUACUAGGACUGCUGACCCUAGUCGCCUUCGGCUUCUACGAGGCCCGCCCGACGCACGCGCUCUUCCCGUACCGCAUCUUCAAGAACCGCACCGCAGUUGCGACACUGGCGGGCGCCUUUUUGCACGGCGCCGUCGUCAACGGUGGCUUGCUUUGCCUCAUCCUCUCCUUCCAGGUCAUUUUCGCCGACGUUCGCGAAACAGUUGUCUUCAUCCCCCACCUCCGUCUUCUUCAUAGCUCCCUCCCGACUUAUACUGAAGUGAUCGAGGCUUACAGGGUCUCUUUUAUGGCCGUCUUCCUCACGCUUACCGGGAUAGGGGCUAUAGGCUUCCUUGCAUUCUUAUUCAUCGAAGAAUUAAGUUUGGAAAAUGAGGAUAUUGGCAGGCAGGGACUUCAAACAUAG